GUGUUGAGUGUGCACUGUGGUUAUAUUUGAAUAUAGGAGAUAAAUAAAAUUACUUUAUAAUUUAAAUUAUUAUAUUAUAAAGACGUAUUUAAACUAUACAGAUACAUCUUAUUUAUGUAAAUAUGGAUAAAGAAGAUCAGCCUUGUAAUAUAUGUUUACAAAGACUGGGUUCACAACUGGAUUUAAAAUGGAUAAAAUUUUUGGAAAAUUUUGGUAUUCAGGAGAACAAUAUAUUUUUAUGUGAAUGGUGUAAUCAUACUCUUUUGAAGAUGGAAAGGUUUAUAUUGCUUUUGCUGCAUCCCAAAGACAGAGGGAGAUAUAAAGAUCAGGAAUUGAAUAUUCAGAAAUUGGAUUCUAUUAAUAUACCACCUACAAUCAGAGAAAUAUAUAUUAAAGAAGAAACUUAUGAAAGUGAUGUUAAUAAUAUUGGAAUUGAUGAUUUAAACUAUUCAGAAGAAAAUGUUAGUGAGAAUAUAAGUGAAACUAAUGCAUACAACAUGAACUUUGAAGUAACAUACCUAUCACUUGAUGACCAAAAAAAUGAAAUAUUAUUCAAAAAGAAAUCAGUCAAAUUUAAAAACAUGUUGUUUAAAUGUGAAAAAUGUGGAAUUGGUUUUGUGUCACACGAAGCAUACAAGGAUCAUAAUUUACGACAUGAUAAUGACACAGCGAUACACAUUUGUCCCAUAUGUCACUUGCAUUUCAAAUCACACUUGGUACUGUCCCAACACAAAUUAUCGCAUAAGAGGCGGUUUAAAUGUGUGCUGUGUGGAAUGACUUUUAAGAGGUGGGCACAUGCUGUGGGUCACCGAUUCCAUUGUGGGAGUGAACCUAGCCUAACAAAGUGUGAUCAGUGCCAGAAGAUAUUCGAUUUACAGUUUCAACUAGAAAACCAAAUUGAUAUAAUAUGUUUCUACUACUUUCAAGCGAGCCAUUUAAGGAAACGUCUCAAUCAAUACGCUCUGGACAUUCAUAAGAAAAUACAUUCACGGAAAGAAAAAUAUAUUUGCGACGAAUGUGCCAAGUGUUUUGGAACGAAACAGCAUCUUAUCAUUCAUUUGAGGAUGCAUACAGGUGUGAAGCCCUUCAAAUGUACGAAAUGCGAUAAGUCUUUCUCGACUAACUCCAAUUUGAAGACUCACAAAGUGGUGCAUUCUGAUGAGAAGAUGUUCUACUGUGUGGAGUGUAAUAAGAGUUUUAAAUCUGAGAAAAGUUUAAAGAGGCACUUUGCAACAACGUCUAAGCAUGUUGAAGAGAAAAUGUACUCGUGCGCAGACUGUAUGAAAUUAUUCACAUCAGCUGUGUCUUUAUCGUCGCAUAGGCGAAGCAGACAUUUAUCUACAAAUAAAUGUUUUAUAUGCGACAAGAUAUUCUCAAACAAGUCGAAUUUGAAGAAACAUCUCAAGAUUCACUCUCAAAGAUGAUGGUUUGGAAGAGAUAUACGUAAUUGAAGUCAUAUAAUAAAUAUCAUUACA